AUGUCAUUUUAUCGAGACGCAAUAAUAAUUCGUUUAAAAAAUAGUCUUGGAUUUAACAGACAUUCAGUUAGAAAAAAACAUAUAACAAUUGACGCGUUUCCAGAGGAUGUAUUUGUGUCUUUAUUUGAAAAUGAAGAUAAUUUCAAAUAUAUACCAAGCCAGCGAAAAUAUCAAUGUAUUUUUGAAGGAACAGUAGGUGAGGAACAAUUGAAGAAAAUAUUUAAAUAUGACCAAAUAAUAUUUCGUGAAAAUAUUAAUACUUCAACUCGAGGGUAUAUAUUAUUUGAGAAUAAUGAUGGUCAAUAUAAAGCAAUAUUUAAUUGGAAACAAAAAGAAUUAAAAGAAAAUACAAGACAUUUUUUGUCUGGAAUUUUGACAAUUAACUUUAUUGCUGACUCUGGUGAAUUCAUAAAUGAUCAAGAAAAUUAUGUAGCGCCACUUCAACCACUUCAACCGCCAUCAUCUAAUGAUGAUCAUAUUUUACAUAUAAUAUAUUCCAAUCCACCUUAUAACGCAUCUAACAAUAAACUUUCAUCAAAUAAUAAAUCAACAACCUUUACCAAACCACAAUAUAGAUAUAUUUUACCACGUCCCCCUUUAUCAAAUACAAAUAAUUCUUAA